UAGUAUGUUCGUGGUAUUUCUAUAUCCAUAGUAUUUUCCAAAGCGCUAGUAGCAGUCACACUAAAAGUUGUUACACAAAAUAAAUAGUAUUUUUAACACAAUAUGAGCUUGGAACAACAACCAGCCGUGGAUCCCCACAAUCCCCAUGGACUUGGUGAUCCAAAUGAUACCAGGUUGCGCAAGGUGGAGCGCGAAGUGCUGAUACCCAAGAUAAUGCGGGAUCGUGCCAAGUCGGAGUUCUGCUCGAAGGAAGUGGCCGACUUCCAGGAGUGUUGCAAGGCCAGCAGUAUACUGAUGGUGGCCACCUGCCGGAAGCAAAACUCAGCCCUCAAGGAAUGCCUCACCCAGUGGUAUCAAAACGAAGCCUUCAAGGAGGAAUGCAAGCAGAUAUAUUUACAGGAGCGAGCCGACUAUCGAAGCACUGGUAUACCCAAGAAGCACCGGUUGGAGAAGUUGUAGAAUCCUUGAGUAGUUCCUUAUUGUUGUUUGCUUUGUACAAAAGUUAAGUAAUUAAAACGCCUCACAAUUGUCUCCGUUA